AUGACCAGACCACAAAACAUCGGGAUCAAGGCGAUUGAAGUCUACGUGCCCACCCAGGCCGUGUCGCAGGAAGAGUUGGAGAAGUUUGACGGCAUCCCUGCCGGCAAAUACACCAUCGGCCUCGGCCAGACCAACAUGGCGUUCGUCAACGACCGCGAGGACAUCUACUCGUUUGCGUUGACGGUGGUGCUGCGGUUGUUGAAGAACUACAACGUCGACCCCAACUCGAUCGGCCGCUUGGAAGUCGGUACCGAAACCCUCUUGGACAAGCUGAAGCUGGUGAAGCUGGUGUUGAUGCAAUUGUUUGGCGACAACAACGACAUCGAGGGUGUUGACACCAUCAACGCCUGUUACGGGGGUACCUCGGCGGUGAUCAAUGCCGUCAACUGGGUCGAACUGUCGUCGUGGGACGGCCGCGAUGCCCUCGUGGUCGCCGGUGACAUCGCCAUCUACGACAAGGGUGCUGCCCGUCCCACCGGUGGUGCCGGUGCUAUCGCCAUGUUGAUCGGUCCCGACGCCCCCAUCGUGUUCGAAUCCACCCGCGGUUCGUUCAUGGAACACGCCUACGACUUCUACAAGCCCGACUUCACCUCGGAAUACCCCACCGUCGACGGCCACUUCUCGUUGGCGUGCUACGUCAAGGCCAUCGACCACUGCUACCGCAACUACUCGAAGAAGGUCACCAAGGAACUGGCCACCGUUGGCAUCGACCACUUCGACUACAACGCGUUCCACGUCCCCACUUGCAAGUUGGUGACCAAGUCGUACGCCCGUAUGUUGUACAACGACUACCUUGCCAACCCCUCCGCAUUCGACUUGGACGACGAAACCAAGGCUGCCCUCUCCAAGUUGACCUACGACCAACUGUUGUUGGACAAGUCGCUUGAAAAGACCUUCGUCACUCUCGCUAAGGAAAAGACAAAACAACGGGUGCAACCGGCUUUGACCGUUGCCACCAACACCGGUAACAUGUACACCGCCUCGUGCUGGGUCGGCUUGUCGUCGUUGCUUUACUACGUCGGUUCCGAAGCCGUCCAAGGUAAGCGCAUCGGUAUCUUCUCUUACGGUUCGGGUCUUGCCUCGACCCUCUUGUCGGUCAAGGUCGUUGACGACAUCAGCUACAUCACCAAGAAGCUCGACUUCGACCACAAGUUGGGCGAAGGCCGCACCAUCCAACCUCCUCAAAAGUACUUGGAAGCCAUCGAGCUCAGAGAAAAGGCUCACCUUCAAAAGCUGUUCACCCCCACUGGUUCCAUCGAUCACUUGUCCGAAGGUACUUACUACUUGAAGGAAGUUGACGACAAGUGGAGAAGAAGCUACGAAAGAAAGUAA